AUGGCUCGUCGAUCUCUGCAUGGUUACAUAUUCAAGCCAACCGACAAGGAGUUGAUGCAAUAUUUGGAGGGUUUCGUCCUUGGAAAACCUCUCAAACACACCUCUGAUUUCAUCGCACUGGAAGAUCUUUACGGAGAGAAAGAACCCGCUGAGAUUUUCGGCUCCGGCGACCCUAUGACUCGCUAUUACUUCACCCAGUUGAGGAGAAAAUGUCAGCGUGGCUCAAGAUUCUUGCGCCGCGUCGGAGACCGCGGGACGUGGAAGGGCCAGGACGCAGGACAUCCCAUCAGAGUCCGCGACAAAGUUAUGGGAUUCAGGAAAAGCUUGAAAUACGAGACCAAAAAAUCAAAAAGCAAGGACGGGCUGGGCGACCACCCAAGGGAGGAUUGGCUCAUGAAGGAAUAUUCCCUGUCCAAUGAUUAUCUCCGAGAUAAAAACGUUGUACUCAAGGAUGUUGUACUCUGCCGGAUAAGGAGAGUCGUUAGAAGCACAUCAGGAAGCAGUGAAUCGUCUACUCUGAAUAUUAAUGAAAAUGAUACGCCGUUGGAGAUUUACAAUUGGCCGGAAAAUGACGUUGUAUCUCUACCACCCUCGGAAACUUCAACUUUGGCCCCCAUCGCCGCAGAGGUUUCCAGUGGAGUUGAUGAUGCAAAUGGAGGAGUGAUCGCUAUGGACAAUCAUACAUUACAGGUGGAUGAAUUCAAUGAAUUGGAUGAAUUGUUGAGGAGGCUGGAAAACGACGACGUUACGGUAUCUCUGCCACCCUCAGAAACUUCAACUUUGGCCGCCGCACAAGUUUCCAGUGGAGUUGAUGAUGCAUAUGGAGGAGUGAUCGCUAUGGAAAAUGAUAGAUUACAGCUGGAUGAAUGGGAUCAACUGUUGAGGACGCCGGAAAAUGAAUCUCUGCCACCCUCUCAAACUUCAACUUUGGCUGCCGCAGAGUUUUCCAGUGGAGUUGAUGAAUUGGAUGAAUUAUUGAAGAAAAUACCACCACAUGAUGUUUUGGAGGAUUACAAUUUUUGGAAUUUUAAGGCCUAA